AAUCGGCAUCAUUACAAGAAUCAGCAUUAUCUCAAGAAUCGGUAUCAUCCCAAGAAUCAUUAUCAUCUCAAGAAUCAGCAUUAUCUCAAGAAUUGGAAUCGUCUCAGGCAUCAGUAUCAUCUUGUGAAUCAACAUCAGUAUUACAACAGUCAUCAUCUCCAAAUACCUUUCGUGUACCUUUUAAAGAUACCACACGACCAAAUUUACCUUUACAUUCUAACGCAUCUAUUAAAAAUCCAACGUUAGGUGGUGUUAGAAGGUUGAAAAAACGAAAAACAACAAUUAUUAAUAACUAUUACAAUAUUACUGCCGACUCUGCCCAAAUUUUACAUGCCAUUCGGGAAUCUAGUAGUACCGUACCUACUCAAUACAAUUGUAAAAAACCCGAAGAUCUA